CGUCUCUCUAGGUCCAGUGUUAUACACACUUCUCUCGCUCUCCGAGCUUUUUGCCUAUUGUUCUCAAUCGGAAAUGGCGAGUGACGGCGACAAUGUACCCAAGUCGAAACCUUUAGCGGAUGAAACCCUCGAUUCUAUUGCGCCUCCGCACGUGAAUGAUUUCUCCCCCGGCGAAGCUGAUCCUUUUCCUGUUUCCGGCGUCGUGGGACACGAAUCUGCUGACGAUCCAGAUCAGAGUGAGAAUAAGAAGAAGCGACAGUUACCGAGUGGUGAAGAAGAUGUUGGAGAUGGAGAAAUCGCGAGGCUCGAUGUUGAUCCGUUGGGUGAAAACUUGAAUUGUUCUUUGUGCUUUCAGUUGCUUGAAAGACCCGUCUCGACACCAUGUGAACACAGCUUUUGCUUACGCUGUUUUGAGAUGUGGAUUAAUCGAGGAAAUAACUGUUGCGCAAAAUGCCGUAGCCCAAUUCCUGAAAAAAUGGCAAGCAAUCCUCGUGUUAACACGUCUCUGGUGUCUAUUAUCCGUACUGCAAAAUCUUCUCCGCUGAUAAACAACCAAGAUGAUCCAGAGAAUGCCGUUAGAACCAAGCGGGCAAAGAAAACUGUGAGUGGAAGGAUAUAUGUUACUAUACCAUCAGAUCACUUUGGUCCUAUACCUGCUGAGAAUGAUCCUACCAGGAGCCUAGGGGUGUUAGUUGGUGAAUCUUGGAGUGACCGAGCAGAGUGUCGCCAGUGGGGAGCUCAUUUUGCACAUAUUGCUGACACUGCGGGUAAAUCAGAUUAUGGUGCUCAAUCUGUAGCACUCGCGGGAGGUUUUAAGGAUGAUGUGGAUUAUGGUGAAUGGUUUCUAUUCACAGGAAGAGGCAACAGAAGAAGUAGCGAGGAACAGAAAUUUGAAGGAGUGAAUGAAGCUUUAAGAGUUAGUUGCAAAUUUGGGUACCCUGUUCGAGUUGUCAGGUCUUACAGGCAGAAGCAUUCUGCAUAUUCCCCUGAAGAAGGAGUGAGAUAUGAUGGUGUUUAUAGGAUUGAAAAGUGCUGGCGCAUAGCUAGAAUGCAUGAUUCUUUUAAGGUCUGCCGUUAUCUGUUUGUCAGAUGUGACAAUGAGCCAGCUCCUUGGAGCAGUGAUGAGCAUGGAGAUCGUCCAAGCCCUUUGCCUAAUAUUCAAGAGCUUAAUAUGGCCAUAGACCUGUUUGAGAGAGAGGAGAGUCCAGCAUGGGAUUUUGAUGAAGGUGAGGGUCGUUGGAAAUGGAUUAAGCCUCCACCUGUAAGUCAAAUGGCAGUUCAUGAUUCGGAUGAUGAUUCGGAUGAAGAUAUGGAUGAAGAGGAGAUAAAUCAUAUGAGGAUCUAUUUGGGAUGUCUCCUCCUUUAUGUAGCCAUCAUUCUCAGUGGUUCAUCUAUCUUAGACCGGGAUUAGAAGAAUCACCGGAAAUUAACUUGGUUCUUUUUGGUUCAAUCCCUUAGUUAUCUCUUUUUGGUACCAAAACACUCCUCUCUUAUAACUCUAGUCUUGGAAACUUGAGUUUCUUUGGUUUUCGAAGUCAGACUUGGUCUUUUUGUAUAUUGCAAUCUGUCCCGGUUACUUAAAAAGUUUCAUUGAUGGUUUUGAACUUACCAAGCCAUUCUUGUUAAUGAAUGAUCAGAAUUGGUAACAUUUGGUUGUUU